AUGGUCAAGUUCGACGGCAGCAAGACCAAUCAAAGCUUCAAGAAGAAGCCAUGCCAUUUCUUCUGGAGGGGCAAGUGUACCAAUGGUGAUAGUUGUACAUUCUCACAUGAUGGAACUGAUAAACCAACUGAUGACCCUGAUGAUGAAUAUCGUCCAACUUCAUUCCUUGGCACAUCUUUUGGACCCAAGCAAUGCAAGUAUUGGAUGAAGUAUGGUAAUUGCCCUCGUGAUAGCUGUCCUUAUGAUCAUCAUAAAGAGGAGCAGCAACAACAACAACAACAAACAAAACUGAAACAAACUAGUCCUCAAAAGACUUCAACAACAUCUACGACAACGACCACUACUACAACAGCGACAACAGCGACAACAAACAAAACUAGUAAUAACAAUGGCAAUAGUAAUGGCAAAGGCAAAGUUGUUGGAGAUGAAAGUAAUGCAGGUGCAUCAACCACUUCAACAACUACAACACCACCAGUUCAGCCUUGGACAUCGAAGCUCGUUGUAGUCUCUGAUGUGAAGGGCGCACCAGAGCCAACUGAGGUGACAUCCCCUCCCAAGCUUCAGUCAGUGGAAGUUCUGCCUAAUUUAAGUAACUUGGAUCAAUUGGCAAGCGGCAAUGUUGUCAACAAUAACAACACAGUAACAGCUGCUACCACAAUGAUCCCACCAACAACUACAACGACCAAUCAGAUGGAUAACAACAACAACUCAACAUCAUAUCUUAUGACACCAUCUUCAAUGAAUGCAUUCCUUUCGCCAACUAUUACUCAAUCAUUUUAUGGACAGCAAUUGCUACAACAACAGCAACAACAGUUGCUGAUGCUGCAGCAACAACAACAACAGCAUCAACUUCAAAUGAAUGCAUACUUGUCAAACGUGGAUAUCCCAAUUACAACAGCAAUGCCAACGACACCAACCACUCCAAUGGCUUCAAUGUACACAUCGUCACCCAUAACAUCGUCGUCAUCGCCGCCAUCAGCAUCAUCAUCGUCAUAUCUGACGUGGGGCACUCAAGAGGUGAUACUUUGGCUCGUAUCAAUCAACAUGCCAGAGGCAGUGUACAAAGCGUUUGCACAGCAGGAGAUCAAUGGAAAGUCUUUGGACCUUAUCGAUCCUGCCGACUACAACGAAUUGGGCUUGACGACUGUCGGUCGAAGAAAGACCUUUGAGUCUGAGCGCAGUCAAUUGGCAAGCAAGAAAAUUGAUCAUCUUCAACAAGUUGUUGCUGGUCUUGGAAACCUUAGCUUUGGUAAAUAG